GGAAAAAAAACAAAAAGCAAAUGUGAGAGAGUAUGUGUGAUGGAGGUGAAGCUAAGCCUCAAUGGAAACCCGUCGCUCGCAAAAGUUCUUCCAAACCCAGCAACAGCAAGAACAAUCCCAAUUGAUAGUUGCUGUUCAGAAUCUUGGAUCAACAGUAAGAGUUCUUUCAAAAAGCAUCUCAGAGUCCUUGCGGAGUGCCUUACCAAGAAGAGCAGUUUACCUAUAUCUGAUUUACAAGGAAGACAUCAAGGUUCCAUGACUAUCUUCCAUGGAUUUUUUAAUCAAAGAUUUCUUGUCAUGAUACCUUCCUAUAAUUUACCUCAUGGUAAAUCCUCCGGCUAUUUUCUUGUUCUGGUUCCUCUUUUAGCAUUUUGCUUUAGAUGCAUAGUUGGUGCCUUUUACAGUAAAUUUAUUGGAGAUUUUGGAAAGCAAGACAUUCUAGAAUCAAAUGAGCAUUGUGGUAUGAAAAGGAGACGAUGGAAAUCUGCUCUCGCUGACACAAGUGAACCAGACGGUCUAGAUUCUGAAGCAACACCACAUUCCAGUAGUCUUUCAAACAAUCGAGAUCAAGAUUCCUUCGAGGAGGUGCUCCAUGAUUACAACAAACUGGAACCAGAUUAUCAUAAAUUUCUCUCAGAAUGUGGGAUGAGUGAAUGGGGACAUUGGCGAGGAGGAUCUCCUGAAUGAAGCAUUAUGGUUCUAGUUAUUAUCCUUGUUGAUGCCACCUGUGAUUCAAGUAUGUCCUUUCCUUCUGUAGUUCAAAUGUACAGUGAGAGUGUAAAUUUUUUGCUUCUUUUCCGAUUUUGUGAUCAGUUUGGGGAUGUUGUAAGUAAAGUAGUGUUGAUUGUGGAUACAUGACACAUUGGUUGGUGUGAUAUCCGUGUCGUUUGUUUCUCUUCCGCAGUUGGGUGAGCUCGAGUGUGAUAAGGUGUAAAUAAAAGACAGGAUUUUUUACUUGA